AUUAUGCUGAGCCAAAGGGAAAUAAAGAGGACCUCUCUUGCUCUUGGAUGCUGUUCAUGUUCAAUAACUUUGCCUUUUUUAAGAUUCAUUACACCUCUCUCUGUCUCCUUUUCUUGUAUAAGCUAUGAAAAUUUUUAUUCAUUUUCUUGAUUCUUGAUAAGAAGUAUUGGGUUCUUUAGAACCCAUUUCUUUGUUUAAUCCAUUAUCAUGGCUGCUGCUGUGAGGUUUGCCUUCUUCUCUUCUCUACUUCUUUUGAUUCUCACUUGUUCUCAUUCACUUUCUUCGCAUAAUCUCUAUCUCAAGAGGCAAGCUUCAAUCCUUGUUUCUGUUAAACAAUCUUUUGCAUCCUAUGAUCCUUCUCUUGAUUCCUGGAAUAUGUCAAACUACUUGUUUCUUUGUUCUUGGGCUGGCAUCCGUUGCGACGAUAUGAACAGAUCAGUUGUUUCUUUAGAUAUAACAAGUUUCAACAUCUCUGGUUCUCUCUCACCUCUCAUCACUGACCUUCAAAGUCUCGUCAACCUUGCUCUCCCUGGAAACAGCAUCUCCGGGGAGUUCCCUCGAGAUAUUCACAAGCUUUCAAGGCUUCAAGUCCUGAACGUUUCUGAUAAUCAAUUCAGUGGAGAGCUGGACUGGGACUUCUCGCAGUUGAAAGAGCUUCAAGUGCUGGAUGUUUACGAUAACAGCUUCAACGGCACACUUCCACUUGGUGUCAGUCAGCUCACUACGCUGAAGCACUUGGAUUUCGGCGGCAAUUACUUCACAGGAACUAUCCCUGCGAGCUAUGGAAGUAUGGUGCAGCUGAAUUAUCUUUCUGUCAAGGGAAAUGAUUUGCAUGGUUUUAUACCUGGCGAGCUUGGUAAUCUUAUCAAUCUUGAGCGGCUCUACUUGGGUUAUUUCAAUGAUUUUGAUGGUGGAAUCCCUCCUGAACUGGGCAAAUUAAUCAAUCUGGUUCAUCUAGACCUUGCAAAUUGCAGCUUGGAGGGUCCGAUACCUCCAGAGUUGGGCAAUCUUAACAAGUUAGAUACCCUUUUCUUGCAAACAAAUGAACUCUCUGGUUCUAUUCCUCGUGAGCUUGGCAAUUUGAGCAGCAUCAAAUCUCUGGAUCUUUCAAACAAUGUUCUAACAGGAGAUAUUCCACUCGAGUUUUCAGGGCUUCAAGAACUCACUCUACUGAACCUAUUCCUUAACAAGUUACAUGGAGACAUUCCCCAUUUCGUUGCAGAGCUACCAAAGUUGGAAGUCCUGAAACUGUGGCGCAAUAAUUUCACAGGAGCUAUUCCUGAAAAGCUUGGAGAAAACGGCAGAUUAAUUGAACUUGAUCUCUCAAGCAACAAGCUUACUGGAUUGAUCCCCAGAUCACUCUGCUUAGGAAGGAAACUGAAGAUUCUCAUUUUGCGCAUCAACUUUCUGUUCGGGCCUCUGCCUGACGAUCUCGGCCACUGUGACACGCUAACAAGAGUUAGAUUGGGGCAGAAUUAUCUAACAGGAUCAAUUCCAAGUGGGCUUCUUUACUUGCCAGAGCUAUCACUCAUGGAGCUGCAUAGCAAUUAUCUGAGUGGACGAGUUCCAGAGCAAACCAGUAAGCUAUCCUCAAAACUUAAGCAGCUGAAUAUUUCAGACAAUCGUUUAUCUGGGCCACUUCCUGCAUCUAUAGGAAAUUUCUCUAGCCUGCAGAUUCUUCUACUGAGUGGAAACAAAUUUGCUGGUGAAAUUCCACCUGAAAUUGGUCGAUUGAAAAAUGUCCUAACUUUGGAUAUGAGUAGAAACAACUUUUCAGGCAAGAUUCCACCUGAGAUUGGUAAUUGCCAAAUGCUGACUUACUUAGAUUUGAGCCAAAACCAACUCUCAGGUCCAAUCCCAAUUCAGAUCACUCAAAUUCACAUAUUAAAUUACUUCAAUAUCUCCUGGAACCACAUGAACCAAAGCCUUCCUAAGGAAAUUGGGUCCUUGAAAAGCCUAAGCUCUGUAGAUUUCUCCCACAAUAACUUCUCUGGUUCCAUACCAGAUUUUGGACAGUAUUCAUUAUUCAACUCCUCAUCUUUUGCUGGUAAUCCGUAUCUCUGUGGCUCAUACUGCAACAAUUCCCCCACCUCUUCAUUACAAUUCCAUGACGAAAACAACUCCAGAUCACAAGUCCCUGGAAAGUUCAAGCUUCUUUUUGCUCUAGGACUAUUAGCAUGUUCACUGAUAUUUGCUAUUUUGGCAAUCAUCAAGGCUCGAAAAAUACGAAAAAGCUCGAAAAACUGGAAGCUCACAGCAUUCCAGAAGCUGGAAUUCGGAUGCGAAGACAUACUAGAAUGUGUCAAGGAAAACAACAUUAUAGGUAGAGGAGGAGCUGGGAUUGUGUAUAAAGGAAUAAUGCCAAAUGGAGAACAAGUAGCAGUGAAGAAAUUGAUGGGAAUAAGCAAAGGAUCUUCUCAUGACAAUGGUCUCUCAGCAGAAAUACAAACAUUAGGCAGAAUCAGACACAGGAACAUUGUGAGAUUGCUGGGAUUUUGUUCUAAUAAAGAGACAAAUCUACUAGUCUAUGAGUACAUGUCCCACGGAAGCUUAGGUGAAGCUCUUCAUGGGAAGAGAGGAGGGUAUCUCAAGUGGGAGACCAGAUUGAAAAUUGCCAUUGAAGCUGCAAAAGGGCUAUGUUACUUGCACCAUGACUGCUCCCCAUUGAUUAUCCACAGGGAUGUCAAAUCCAAUAAUAUUUUGCUUAACUCAGAUUUUGAAGCUCAUGUUGCUGAUUUUGGACUUGCCAAGUUCUUGCAAGAUACUGGAACUUCAGAAUGCAUGUCUGCUAUUGCUGGCUCCUAUGGCUAUAUUGCUCCAGAGUAUGCGUACACCUUGAAAGUGGAUGAGAAGAGCGAUGUGUACAGCUUUGGAGUAGUGCUGCUAGAGCUGAUCACAGGAAGGAGGCCAGUGGGUGAUUUUGGAGAAGAAGGACUAGACAUUGUUCAAUGGACAAAAAUACAAACCAAUUCAAUCAAAGAAAGAGUGAUUAAGAUCUUGGAUCAAAGGGUCACUGGUAUUCCACUAAAUGAAGCAAUGCAGGUCUUCUUUGUAGCCAUGCUAUGCGUUCAAGAACACAGUGUAGAAAGGCCGACAAUGAGAGAAGUUGUCCAAAUGCUCGCACAGGCUAAACAAUCCAAUACAUUCCACAUGCAGUAGUAGAAAAUGGUGGUUGAUAAGAUAGGCGAUUCACUGAUCCACUGGUGAAAAAUUGGGUGAUGAUCAGAAGUGAGAUUCACUUUGGAGACAAUUGCAGAAGUGGAGCCACAUCUAUCACUCAAAGAUACAUCAUAGUACAUAUCUGUUAUAUUUAGUGCUUUUCUUUUGUUCUUUUUCUUUUUUGGUUAUUACCAAAUUUUUGUGUUGUACUAAUGUUGUUUGAAAAGAACGUUUGCUCCAUUAUUGUGCUUUGUAGUAACACUGAGGAUUAGAUUAAAGGGGAAUGGAGGGUGUUAUGGUCAUUCUGUCAAGCAUAUGGAAACAAGAAUAGGAAAAGAGAUGUCUCUGCAAAUUACUGAUGAUAAUUUUUGGCUUCAUUAUCGUCAUCA